CUAGUCCACUGUCACCAAUGAUGCUCUGGCUGCAUGUAUAUAAUGGCAGUAUUUACAAAGAAACCGUAACUGUUCUCACUAGGAGUGGAGUAUCACAUGAUGUUUGUAGGAGCAUGACCAUGUGUCACCCCCCCCCCCCCCCAUUUUUAGUUACACUGGGGGCGACAAACACUGAAAUAAUCCAGAUUUACAUAAAAUACACUGAAACAAGCCAGCCUCGCCCCUUCACUCUGUGCCUCACAGCAUCCUACCUCUGUGUCUUUCAGCCUGCCCCCUUCACUCUGUGCCUCCCAGCAUCCCACCUCUGUGCAUCUCAGCCUCCACUCUGUGCCUCACAGCCUGCUCCUCCUUCACUCUGUGCCUUUCAGCCUGCUCCCCCUUCACUGUGCCUCUCAGCCACCUCCCAGCCUGCACUCUGUGCCUCUCAGCCUGCUCCUCCUUCCCUCUGUGCCUAUCAGCCUGCUCCCCUUCACUCUGUGCCUUUCAGCCUGUCCCCUUCACUCUGUGACUCUCAGCAUUCCACCUCUGUGCAUCUCAGACUCCCAGCCUUCAGUCUGUGCCUCUCAGGCUCCACUUUGUGCCUCUCUGCCUGCUCCCCCUUCACUCUGCCUCUUAGCCUGUCUAACCCCCCUCCCACACUUACUCUGUGUCUCUCAGCAUCCUCCCCCUCUAUCUCUCCCUUCUCCCCACUCCGGUCACUGAUAGCCGCCCUCACCUGUAUGACAGGCAGCUGGCAGACAGUGAGGCUAGACAGACGCCGCGUCUUCGUGGCACUGUUGUCAGACAGGGCAGGGAGCAUGACCAUGAUGAAGUGCUGGCUUCACGCUCCCGCCUCCACUCCCAGCAGCCCUGCAAGGUGGGAGGCGGCAGCCGCAAGUCACUGUUCAGAGUGUCAGGAGCAGCGGGAGCCGCAUCAGUGUGACGAAAGAGCUGCGGGUUGGCCACAGCUGCCUUAUUCAAUAUCCCAUGACAAGUAAGAUGGCAGCCAAUGACAAGUAUGUUAUAUGACCCUGAAACAUCUGACCUCAUUCAAGAGCCUUUCACUUUGCAAACCUGAAAUUGUCAGUCCAUGCUAACAAUAUGAAGAUGGGAAGUCCCAGCAGAGCAGGACUUCGAGACCUUCUGAUGCACCUUUUAUUUACAAAAUGUGCAUGAUGUGGCGUCUGGGGUUGUACACAUUCCAAAUCAUAACUGCUGACCCUGCAAGAUCUCUGCAAACAGACAGAGGGGAGUGGUGUACUGAACAUCAGAGGCUCCACAGCCGAUUGGAUGUUGUAGAGGAGCGAGUAGAGAAAACGGUGGAGUACAUGUACGCUGAAGUGAAUUCUUUGCUGGACAGCAUUUCAGGAGCUUCCUGGGCACUGCUGCCUACUCCCAGUGGCCCUCUCUUGGAUAUUUUUGAGGAAGACUCUAGAUGAAGAUCUUCCCCAUUCUCCGCUGUAGGACAUGACCCUCUUCUUCACUCAACACACAAUGUUUUUUCCCCAAUGUGCACUGUGUGAUUAGAAAAGUAUACGGUAUUUUAUUAAACCAAGAGCUUGUGUUCUGGUGCUUUCCAAGGAGCUGUGUGGUAUGAACUGUUCACUAGUGAAACAUUUGUAAUGAGAAUUAUAUUAAAAAAAAAAAAAAAAAAAUUGCUUUAAAUUGAAAACUGUUUCAGUUUCAAAUUAAAAUUUUAUAUGAAUUAUUCUUAAA